AUGGCAACCACUAGCGCUGUCGACGCAGCCACUGCUGAAGUGAAACAGCUUUCCGUCAACGAUGCCCCCGAGCUGAAGCCAGAACUGGUGCCUGAAGAAACCCCCGAGCCCGCCGACGGCGACAAUGACGCCAACGACGCCGCCAGUAGCGAUGCCGCUAAAGCCGCCAAGAAGAAGAAGAAGAACAAGAAGAAGAAGAAGACUCAACCCAUCGACGCCCUGUACCCGGACGGCAAGUUCCCCGAAGGGUUGUGGAUGGAAUACCCGUUGGAAGUGAACCUGUACCGUACCACCUCCGAAGAGUGCCGCUACAACGACCGCCAAAACGACUCCAAAUGGGAGGAUUUCCGGAAGGGGGCUGAGAUCCACCGUCGGGUGCGCCACAAGGCGCAAACCCUGAUUCAACCGGGGAUGCUGAUGGUGGAAAUUGCCGAUUUGAUCGAAAACUCCGUCCGCAACUACGCGGGCAACGUCGCCCCGAAACAGGCCGGGGUCGGCUUCCCCACGGGGUUGUCGCUUAACCAUGUUGCUGCUCACUAUACCCCGAACACUGGCGACAAGACGGUGUUGCAAAAGGACGAUAUCAUGAAGGUGGACAUCGGUGUCCACGUCAACGGGCGUAUCUGUGACUCAGCGUUCACGAUGACGUUUAACGACACUGAGAAAUACAAGCCGUUGAUGGACGCCGUCAGAGAAGCUACCAACACCGGGAUCCGCGAGAUGGGGAUCGAUGUGCGGUUGACGGAUAUCGGGCUGGCCGUGCAAGAAGUGAUGGAGCUGUACGAAAUGGAAGAGAACGGGAAGUUGUUGCCGGUGAAGUGUAUCCGUAACCUUAACGGCCACUCGAUCGGCGACUACGUCAUCCACCUGGGGAAGACGGUGCCCAUCGUCCCCAACGGCGACCAGACGAAGAUGGAGGAAGGCGAAGUCUACGCCAUUGAAACGUUCGGUUCUACUGGCCACGGCUACGUCGUGCCUGAAGGCGAGUGUCUGCACUAUGCCCUCAACCUGGACGUCAGCCACUUGCGGGUCCCUGGCGACCGCGCUCAACAGUUGAUGGAAAAGAUCAACAACACCUUCGGCACGUUGCCGUGGUGUCGCCGGUACCUUGAACGUGAGACGGGCGAGGACAAGUACUUGCUUGGGUUGAACCAGUUGGUGCGGGCGGGCAUCGUCGAGGACUACCCGCCGAUUGUCGAUGUCAAGGGCUCGUACACGGCCCAAUUCGAACACACGGUGUUGUUGCAUGCCCACAAGAAGGAAGUGGUGACCAAGGGCGACGACUAUUAG